CAGCAGCAGCAGCAGCAGCAACUUUGACUGGCUCGAGCGCAAGCAAUUUGCAUAUUUAAGCAACAACUUGAGCGCUCAAAGCACAACACGUGCCACGCCCACACACAGUUGGCCCCCAGCCAUAGCCAUCUGAUUAGAGCUGUCAGCCACACUCACGCACACGCACGGGGAAGAUGCGUCUGCCAUAUCGCAACAAGAAGGUGGCACUUUGGGUGCUCUUCGGCAUCAUUGUGGUCACCAUGUUCCUAUUCAAGUUCACCGAGCUGCGGCCCACGUGUCUCUUCAAAUUGGACUCCAAUGAGCUGGACACGCAAAUGAUGCACGCUGAGAAAUACGUCACUGAUGACAAUCAACGGGUCUAUUCAUACAACCGUGAGAUGCCGUUAAUAUUCAUAGGCGGCGUUCCCAGAUCUGGCACAACAUUAAUGCGCGCCAUGCUGGACGCUCAUCCCGAUGUGCGCUGUGGACAGGAGACACGCGUCAUCCCACGCAUUUUGCAGCUGCGCUCGCAUUGGCUGAAGUCGGAGAAGGAGUCGCUGCGCCUGAAGGAGGCGGGCAUCACCAAGGAGGUGAUGAACAGCGCCAUUGCCCAGUUCUGUCUCGAGAUUAUUGCGCGCCACGGCGAGCCGGCGCCGCGUCUCUGCAACAAAGAUCCGCUCACACUCAAAAUGGGCUCCUACGUCAUUGAGCUGUUCCCCAACGCCAAGUUCCUGUUCAUGGUGCGCGACGGCAGGGCGACGGUGCACUCAAUCAUCUCCAGGAAAGUCACAAUCACGGGCUUCGAUCUGUCGAGCUAUCGCCAGUGCAUGCAGAAGUGGAACCACGCCAUCGAUCUGAUGCACGAGCAGUGCCACGACAUUGGCAAGGAGCGCUGCAUGAUGGUCUACUAUGAGCAGCUGGUGCUGCAUCCCGAGCAGUGGAUGCGCAAGAUUCUCCACUUCCUGGACGUGCCCUGGAACGAUGCGGUGCUGCACCACGAGGAGUUCAUCAACAAGCCCAACGGCGUGCCGCUCUCCAAAGUGGAGCGCUCGUCGGAUCAGGUGAUAAAGCCCGUCAAUCUGGAGGCGCUGUCCAAGUGGGUGGGCCAGAUACCGAGCGAUGUGGUGCGCGAGAUGGCGGAAAUCGCGCCCAUGCUGUCCGUGCUGGGCUACGAUCCGUAUGCGAAUCCGCCGGACUACGGUAAGCCAGAUGCAUGGGUGCAGGACAAUACAUCGAAGCUCAAACAGAACCGCGUCCUAUGGGAAAGUAAGGCGAAGCAAGUGCUGCGCAUGGAUAUGGAUUUAAAAUCGGAUGAUAUGAACAAUCAGCAGGAUACUGAUGCCGACGCUGAUAUCGAGAACAAUUUACAAGCGCAGCAGCCGCAGGACCAGCAGCAACAUGAGGAGCAACAGCAGCAGCAGCAGCAGCAGCCACAACAAGCAGCAGCACUAGAGCGUGAGCAACAAGAGCAGCAAUCGGAGCAGGAGCAGCAACAAGGCAAAUCUAAGGAUGUCAUCACGAUAAAGCAGCUGCCACUUAACUACAACAAGCACAACAACAACAACAACAAUAAAGUGGAAGCAGUGGCUGCUGCUGAGGAUACAUGAUAUCCGCAUAUACCCAUUAGAUUGCCGCGUGGCAAGCAUUGAGCCACACACACACACACACGCACACACACACACACACACAUAGACAUAGAUAGUAACUGCAUUGACAGCAGACAAACAAAUUCAAAUUGUAUAUGAAUAUGCAAUUUAUUUAAACAUCACUUCAGCGCUAUAUAUAAGUCAUAAAUACGCUUUUAACUGUUAUGUGUUGUCGUCAGUAUAUAUAUAUAUAUAUACCCGAACUAUAUACAAACCAAAUAAUUGGCAGCUGUAGCUCUUAGACUAAGCCACAACAACUUGUUCUUGUUGCAAGCGCUCACCCACUAUUGUUGUAAGUCACUUAGCCUAAUAGUUUAUAUUUAUAUAAUUAUACUAGACACUUUUUUUUUUGUUUUUUGUAACCCUUUGUAGCCUUGAGCUCUGCUCUGUUUUUAGCAGAACUGCACUGUCUUUUUAAUAAAAUAUAUAACGAUUUGUACAGCUUGUUUAAUUGCAAAAUAAACCAAAUAUAUAUGUAUAUAUAUAUAUAUGUAUGUAUGUGUAUAUUAGUGUUUGAAUCUCUGCAUGUCCUUUGGCAAUUCUUAAGUCACAAUAAAUUUGUAUUUUGUUUAUUUUCCUCAUUUGAUGUGCUUUAUUUUUGAGUGUAAACCGCAAAGAGCUUUUAACAUAAAUAUUUUACACAAAAC